AUGAAACUUUUGACUACAGUCGGAGUAGCUGCUAGUCUAGCUGGAGCUUUCGCUGAAGGGACGUGCGAUGGACCGAAUGCGCGUACUGAGCCUCCAGUGGGGGCUAUCGUUGUUGACGUCACAGGCUCGUACGAGAAUAGUGUCAAGACCUUGUCGGAGGGUGUAGCACUGUUGAAACCUCACACCGAAUCGGUGCAAACCAUUUUCGUGCGUCCAGGUGUAUACAAUGAGCAGGUUCUGGUCUCGCCACUGUCAGGGCCAUUGGUGCUGCAAGGCUACACGUGUAACGCCAUGUCUUACGCGUGCAACGAGGUGACGAUCACCCAGGCCAAGGCACAGAAGGACAUUCCCAAGGAAGUGAAAGGUGAAGCUAGAAACGACUUGACAAGCACGAUUCGGUUCAGGUCGAACAGGGUGAAGGUGUACAACCUCAACGUUGCCAAUACGGCCGGCAACGUCGGCCAGGCACUGGCUGUGAACGUCAAUGCAACUGAAUAUGGCUUCUACGCUUGCAACCUCACGGGUUACCAGGAUACGGUGCUGGCCGACAAGGGUCGCGAGCUUUACGCCCACACGUACAUUAAUGGAGCCAUCGACUUUGUCUUUGGUCGCUACGCACAGGCGUGGUUUGAAUUGUGCGACAUCGAGACCAUUGGCAAAGGUUACAUUGCUGCCAAUGGCCGCGAUUCCGAGGCCAACCCGUCUUCGUUCGUCUUUAAUCGUGCCCGCGUGUUCGGAAACAGCGGCGUCAACUCGAGUACUCUGGGUCGCCCGUGGUACCCGUACGCCCGUACCAUUUGGCAGAACAGCGAACUCAGCGAUGUGAUUGCGCCCAAGGGCUGGGCGGCUUGGAACGAUACUGCCAGCACGACGAACGUUGUGUUCAAGGAGUUCAAUAACUCGGGUCCCGGGGCUGCCACGGACAAGCGAGUGGCGUUCAGCGGACAGCUGGAUGCGCCGAUUGCGAUCACGGAGAUUCUCGGUGAAGACUACGCGACACAGUGGUGGGUUGACACCGCUUACUUGUACUAG